AUGUCCACCACCGCCACCCAAGAAAACCUGCAAACCGCCUCGGCCGCCUACGCGGCCUCCUUCACCCAGGGCCAUCUCGCCCUGCCCCCGGCCAAGCAGUACCUCGUCCUCACCUGCAUGGACGCCCGCAUCGACCCGGCCCGCGCCUUUGGCAUCGACCUAGGCGACGCACAUGUCAUUCGGAAUGCCGGUGCGUCGGCGGUGGAUGGCCUUCGGUCCGUCGUCAUUAGCCAACAACUGCUGGGGACCAAGGAGGUUAUUUUGGUGAAGCAUACCGGGUGCGGGAUGUUGACGUUUACGAAUGAGGUGGCGUAUGGGCUGGUGGAGGAGCGGUUGGGUCCUGCGGCGGUGGAGGAGCUCAAGGAGAAGAACCUUGAUUUCCUGACUUUCCCAGAGCUGGAGGCGGCUGUCGUUAAGGAUGUGGAGUUUUUGAAGGCGUCGAAGGUGGUGCCGGACUCAGUGACGAUCAGCGGGUGGGUGUACGAGGUUGAGACGGGCAGGACGAGACGGGUGGUUUGA